AUGAUGUUUUUCAAUAAGCUUUUAUUGAUUGGUCUAUUAAUUUAUUAUUAUUGUACAAUUGUACAAAGUGAAAUAAUACAAUUGACAUCACAUAAUAUUUCACAAUAUCUUCAAGAUCAUGUUACUUUUGUUAAGUUCUAUGCGAAUUGGUGCCCACACAGCAAAAAACUUGAACCAACAUGGACACGUUUCGCUGAAACGAAAGCAAAUAGAGAUCUUCAUGUGGCUAAGAUCGACUGUUCUCAAGAUGCUCUGAUAUGUUCAGAUCAUGAUAUAUUCGGCUAUCCAACAUUAAAAUUAUUUGUACGUGGAAGUGGUGCACGAUACGAAGGUCCGCGUCAGGUUGAAUCUCUGGAAGCAUUCUAUCGAGAAAAAUUAGCUGAAGAUGUUAAUUUUGAAGAUAAUGUCGCAACUAAGAAACCUAUUACAGAACUAACAACAGAAAAUUUUGCUCAAAUGACGGCAAAAAAUUUUGCAUUCAUUGUCUUUUUUGCACCAUGGUGUAGUCAUUGUAAAAUGUUUAAGCCUGUUUUUCAAGAAUUAGCUAAACAAAUGUUUAAUAUUGAUGGAUUAAUGUUUGCAACCGUUGACUGUACGAUGCAUCAGAGUCUUUGCGAAAGACAACGCAUUAAAGGUUAUCCAACAUUGAUUUGGUUUGAAGAUGGUGUUGAAAAAGAUCGUUAUGUAGAAGCUCGUGAAUUGAAUAGAAUACAAAAUUAUAUUGAACUAAAACUAAAAGAAGCUAAACAUUUAGUUACAGAAGCACCACCAGCAGUUCAGUAUGAAGAAGAACAAAAUGAUGAAGAGUUAUCUGAGACAGAUAAUAUUCUUAACAUCAAAACAUUUACACAAGGAGUUAGUUUCGAAGGUUAUGCAUUCGUUAAUUUUGGCGCACCUUGGUGUUCUCAUUGUCAAAAAUUAGCACCGAUUUGGAAUCAGCUUGCACACAAAUUUUCUCACCAUGAUGAAAUACGCAUUUCUCGUGUUGAUUGUACAGCAAGUGAAUCAUUAUGUCGAGAUUAUGGAAUACGUGCUUUUCCUACUCUUAUUUUAUUUCGUUAUGGAGAAUCCAAAGUUGAAUAUAGUGGUUCAAGAGAUUUUGAUUCAUUAUAUAAGUUUCUUGCUGAUCAAAUAGAGUUUUUUGGUGAUGAAUACUUAUUUAAACAAGACUAUAGAAUUAAAAAUGAAUAG